AUGUCUGACAUCUAUAUACCUCCGAGAAACAUAUCAUUUCGACUUUUGGGCCUUGGAAGCCAGUGUGUUCUGUUCUCACGUACGAGUCGAGAUCCUGGAUUUGGAUAUCAUACAAAAAAUGAUGUUUUGAGGAUCGUGGGUGGCAUCUCGUACCAGGACAGGGGAAACUCGCAGGGUACUACCGAUUUCAAAGUAAAAACACCGGAAAGAACAUUUACACGAAGGGCUGCACGGCAAGAACACGAUAACCUAGACCAGGUGUAUUAUGAUCAGUGGUUCAAGCCCGACUCAGUACAUCCGGAUGGCUGCUUCCGUCUCCGAAAUUACGACAAUGGCACCGUGCUGGUCUCUGGUACGGCUCCUCCCUAG